AUGAAAAUACCAGUUAGCUGGUUCCUGAACAAUGCAAGCACAAAUCUGUACAUCGGCACCCAUAGCAACAUGUGUGAGAAAGACCCACCGUCGUUCCCUGUGCCUUAUACUGGAGACGGCCCGAACAGCACUGUGUACACGUUAACCAUCGACCCCGUGACAAGCAGCAUGAGAGGCGACACGUGGCGGUGCCUUGCUAAUGAUAAUAGCGAUAUAACUGUCAGGAGCAACGUGAUCACCAUACAGGUCACUGUCCCAAUCAGGAACGUGAACAUGACAAGUCCAACCAUCUCACCAGUAAUAGUAAACGAGGCUCUGACGGCAGAGUUUGUGUGUACUACUACCUUUGGCCUCCCACAGGCCUCAGUGAGAUGGUAUAAAGACAACAAUAACCCUGGUUACACAGAAGACGACUCUGAGAUUUCGACCUCGAUCUCUGUCGAUUAUCUAAACAACUCCGAGGUUGAAACUAUUGCAACAACGAGUACCUUGUCUUACACUGCAAACAGAGUUGACAACGGUAUGGCCGUGUACUGUAAUGCCAGCAAUGGAGGAGAGGAUUUCACGUCUUCCAUAAAACCCAUUCUUAACGUUCAGUUUCCUCCCGUUGUCCUUCCGCUCGGCAACAAGACAGUUAUGGAGGGCGAAACAGUGACUAUUGACUGCUCAUUUACGCAUGGGAACCCAAAAGAAACAGCAUUUAGCUGGUCAUUGAAUAAAACAGAGGUGACUUCGCAUAUGCAGUUACAACUUGAGAGAGUGACGCGUGAGCAAACAGGAUUGUACACUUGCACCGCCUCCAACGUAAUGAGACCUUCCGGAUAUAUUUCUAAAGUCAAAGAUAUCCAUGUCGAAACAUUUGAAGGACGGACUGAAGUGACGAUAAUCCAGCCCUUGCAGUUUAGCAUAAUUUGUGAUGUGGAAGGCAAUCCAAAAUCGAACAUCACUUUGAUCAAAAAUGGCGUUGUGAUGAAGGAGUCUUUAUAUGAAACAAGCCUUUACUAUGCACAGCAGAGUAGCGAUUGUGAGCGAGACACUGGAGUUUACACGUGUACUGGGGCAACUCCACAAGUUCCAUUUAACCUGCGCUCUUUGGCAAAUAUCACUGAUUCCUCUAUCACCGUAGAAUGGUUACCAGGGUUUGAUGGAAGGUUGCCACAGACUUUCGUUGUCCAGUAUCGAGAUUAUUCCUCUUCUGAAUGGCAAGAAAGUGCAAAUAUUCAUGUUGGCCAAAGUUACCACAUAAUCACAAACCUUCAACCCGGUACAACGUAUCAGAUACAAGUGUAUGCUAAGAAUGAUAUUGGACGAUCAAACAGCUCCUACAUUAUAACAGUGGCCACCUCCAUAAAAGGUUUAUAA